UCGCUGCAGAAUACCCAUCCGUGCUGCUACCCACUCUUCAGCCACACGCAUUUUCGUUCAUUCAUAUAGUCCCCAACCUCUGCCCACCGGUAGUCAUCCAUCUACGAUCUACCAUCUACCCAUCGAAGCAGAGCCAGGCAAGUAAUCAAUCGAUCAAUCAUCAGUGGGAGGGCGACGUGCGUAAUUGCGCGGGUUGAAAAUGACGGAGGCUAGCCUGCGCGGUUCCAAGGGCAUAGCAAGCGUGAAGGACUUGCCGGUGUUGCAAGAUGGUCCCCCACCAGGCGGAUUUCCGGCGAUUCGAUAUGCGCGGAAGAUCCCUAAUACAGGCCCCUCUGGAGUUGUUGUCUUUUCAAUUGCGGCAGCCGUUAUUUCAUAUGGGAUGUACCAGGUUGGCCAAGGGAAUCUGCAUAGAAGGGCUCUGAAAAAGGAGAAGAUGGAAGCGCGAAUGGCCAUUUUACCUCUAAUUCAGGCAGAAGAAGAUGUCAGGUACGCGAAGGCCCGGCAGAAGGCGCUUGCUGAAGAAGAAAAGAUAAUGCAGAAUGUGCCUGGUUGGAAGGUGGGAGAGAGUGUAUACAAUUCAGGGAGAUGGGCUCCCCCUGCGACUGGGAGGCUGAUCCUGGGGACGAACUAGAGUAGCGGCACUGAAGGGGGAUGGCUUGCCCUUGGCGAUCGAAGGCAAGGUGAGUCAUUUCUGCUUGGAGUGAGUAUAAUGCUUUUACAUGUACAGGGGACAUAUCUAUGGUUGUUCUUUGGAAUUUUUACGAUGGAUGAUGAUGCCGGAAAGAUUGCGAGCAGGUUAUCCUUCAAUGCUGGCUCUUGGUUAUGGGCUCACGGACAGCAUGCUUGGAAGAUCUACUGCAUGGGCUGCAUGGGUGGCCGCCUUAUUUCCCACGGAGUCGAGAGAUGCACGGCAACAAAUCUCAAGAAUGCGAGUCCUCCCCCCCUUGUCGAACCGAUGACAGCAUGCGAUGAUGAUCUAUUGCAUUGGCUGCACGGGUGGCCGUCUUAUUUCCCACGGAGGCGAGAGAUACACAAAGAAAGAUCUCAAGAAUGCGAGUCCUCCCCCCCUUGUCGAACCGAUGACAGCAUGCGAUGAUGAUCUAUUGCAUUGGCUGCACGGGUGGCCGUCUUAUUUCCCACGGAGGCGAGAGAUACACAAAGAAAGAUCUCAAGAAUGCGAGUCCUACCCCCCUUGUCGAACGAGGCAAGCUCUGUAACUGCUUGAUGUGAACMGGCCUGGAUCAUGUUGAGCAGGGUUGAUGGCGUGCAGAUCUGCUGCAGCUUCGGGACAGGGUUUGUCAUCCUGGCUUCGGGGUUGUGUGGAAGUUAGUGGAACCGUUGGUCCCAGAAAAUGGGGCUAUGUUUGAGGGUGAGAGUUCAAGCCGCGUAGUUGCAUGUCGUUGUCAAGUGUUCUUCGCGGACGUGGUGGUCCCGGCCUCUGCGGUGACUGCGGUGCCCGUUUUGCCGCCUUCCAGAUGAGCGGGGACUGCAUUUGUUCGUGUUCUUCGGUGUGGAUUGGGAGGCUUGUGUUUGCAACAUCGAUUAACGCAAUUAACAUUUUGUUCUGGUGAGCAUGGUGUGAAACACGUAGGAUUGGUAUCUUCCCUCCGAUGCGAUGAACCUGCAUAUGGGUAAGGAUUCUAAGGAGCAGUUGCUCUGGCUUUUCUCUGGAAUGAGGAUCGUCGUCUUGACUGAUUGUGUGUGCUCCUUCAGCACAGGCACGUUGGACUCCUCUGCCGCUCGUCAGCGGGAAGGACUAGAUGGGAGUUGUCUCUGAAGUCGGUGGUGGUCGGAGUUGCUGAUUCAUUGUGAGCUCUCCUUUUCGGCAAAGAGGUGUAUGCUUGGGCAGUGCCAUGCCGUGCCAGGUGAGGAUUAGGGGAGAGAGAGAGAGAGAGAGAGAGAGAGAGAGAGAGAGAGAGAGAGAGAGAGAGAGAGAGAGAGAGAGAGAGAGAGAGAGAUGUUAGCCUGCACAGUGGUGAACCGUAAUGCUACUUCACAAAGAAGACAGGAAAAUGAGAUAGGUGGGAUGCCACACACAAUGUCCGCAUCCUGUGAAAUCUGUUGUGUUUCCUGUUCUGUAAUGUCAGCAAUCAGUCAUGUUGUCCGCAUGUCAGUUUGGGUAACUGAGUUUCCACUCUUUGAAUUCAAAGUUUGAACUCUCAGAAGUUUUACAAUCGUAUAUAUAGAUACUAGAUAGCGAUAUGUACUUUUUGCCUUUUUGAAUGUGAUGAUGGCUGGACUUGUGUGGACGUAAUCUUUAAGCGUUUGACUGGUGGUAUUUCUGUAGUGAGCCUCCUUCCUUUUCGUCGUCUGCUGUCAGGUGUUCGUUGUCUUGAGUGCCUCAUUCACUUCUGGCUGGUUGCACUCCUUCCACAUCGUUGAAAGCGUCUGUGCAGUCGUUUCUUUGCCAAGUGCCGAAGUUGGUGGGCCGUUCUCUCUUUCUUUUGCGUCGUGCCUCAUGUUUAC